AUGGAAGAUCAUUACGCCGUCUUGGGAGUUCCACGAACAGCGUCUAUUUCCAUCAUCAGAGAGUCAUACAGGAGACUUGCACUGCGUUUUCAUCCGGACAAAAAUAAGAAUUCAAAUGCGACGUCAGAGUUUCAACGCAUUGUGAGAGCUUGGGAAGUGUUGCAGGAUGAAGAGAAGAGAGCGAAUUACGAUGGAGGAUUUGGAUGGUCUUCAAACCGCAGUAGCGAACAGAAUUAUGAUGAAUUUUUGAGAUCCUGGAAAAGUCGAGAGGAUGCAAAUCCUGAGCCUAAAAAUUGGUCUUAUGCAGGAGAGGAUGGUCUUCACAAUGAUCGAUUACUGCGUCGUGAAAAAAGUCGAGCAUGGAAAGAACUCGUAAAGCAAGAGUAUUUAUCGCGGUUGGAGACUUGGGCCAGCACAAGAAAGCGAUUAGUCCCUCUAGUGUUGGCUUGUCGCGACUCAAUUGCAUUGCGGGAGUCGCAGUUCAAUGUUCUUUCCAAUAUGGGCAACUGCGAAGCCAUAAUCCAAUUUCAAAAGGCAGUCGAAUUAUCAAAAUCGACAGGUACAGUCGUGGAAGAUUCAGCCCUCAUCAUCUCCAAGCUGGUCUCCGCGAGAGAAAAGUUCAUGGCUAGAUUAUCCCACGAGCUAUCCGACGUGAAAAUUCAACGCGACCAACUCCUCCUCCAGUUAGAAGAGAAUCAACGCACUUUUGAAUACCAGGAAAUCGACUCGCAACAGCUUCAUGUCCAAGAAGCAUUGCAAAUCCUUGGACCACGAGAUCUAUCAGCCUCGUUGCUGAUUGACGUCGAUCCACGUCUUCGCGCGAUCAAUCGAUGGGAAUCACUCGCCAAAAUUGGUAGUCCUCGAAAUUUUUCUAGUCCUUCUGUGGAUUUGUCGGAAGGGCCUUGGCAUAGUCAGCUUGAGUGGGAGCGUAUGACGGGCGAACUGAAGUGUUCGAGGUGUGAUAAGUUGGAUUUUCAUGUCAUUCCCGAAUGUGGACCGGCAAGGUGCCCGACUUGCGGGGUGGUGGUUUGCAAUGAAUGCCACCGCGAUUUGUGGCUGUUGAGGCAGUAUGAUGAAUGGAUUAUGAGUUCGGUGGAUGGGGAUGAAGAGUGCUUUUUCAAUCUGGAUGUUUGA